AUGGCCGACUUCAACAUCAAUGCAAACGAAGGGGCUAUCACCAUACCCCCCGGAACAUCAUACUCCACUAUGGCUAACAAUCAGCCGCUCAGUUGCCAGACCACGUUGAACGACUCGGUGACUCUGAACACUGCUGAAGGUUUUGACCCUUCAGAGUGGAGGGAUGAUGGGAAGGACGUCUGGGUCGAGCCGCUGUGGGCGACACGCUAUCCGGAACGCGACACCGGCACCGACUUCGUCAGCCAAGACCCCCUGAACACCAAACGAGUCCUCGCUCCCACCAGAUCCAUUCACAAACAUAUCUCCCGAGGAGGAUUGAGAAACGAUGAUGCCGUGAGCCAUCUGCGCGAACAAGAGAUCGACGUCUCGAACGCUCUCUAUGGGGCUUUUAUGGAAAGUGCUGAUGAAGGGAUGUCGAAUGCCUUGACGUUUGCUAUGGCGCAUGUCGGUGAUGAGGCGGAUGGGGGACCGAUUUAUACGAAGGGAGAUGCGCAGGAGGUUGCUGCCCGUCUAGCGCGCGCGCAUGUGAUUUCUGUACUCGAAGCGCAAGUGGCAAUGGAAGAGGAGAUCAAAUCGAUCACUCCCGAGGAACUGGGCUGCCAUGAAGACGACUCGCCGGUGGUCAAGGAGAAGAUCAAGGCGCUGUAUGUGACGAGCGUCAUCAAGUCUUCGAGGAAGGUUAUGGAUGAGUCUCUCAGGUCGGGAAGGUCGACGGUGGUGUGGGAUGGGGAAGGGGCGAGGGUCACGCUUUUGACGGGGCAGCUGUCGGGGAUUGAGCGGACGAGGGAGUCUGGGUUGUUUGAUGAUGAGAGACGAUCGUGGAUUUCUCUGGACGGGGAGAGGAAUGGUGUUAUGGAAGAUACGAAUGGGAAUCGAACGCGCUUCACCGUCAUAGCCGAAAACGGUUCAGAAUAG